AUGAUAUAUCGGAUUUAUAUUCAUCAACAUAUCAAGAUAAAAACUCAUCACAGCAACAAAAUUCUUACAAUUAUCAGGAAGAAAAUGAUUUAAAAUCAAAUUUAAGACACCAACAUGUACUACAUUCUCUAGUAAAUUCUCAUCAUAAUAUGACUACUCGACAACCUGAUAAUAAUUCACAAGAAUUAAUUUUUUCUGACAAGCAAUUGUUAGUUAAUUGGUUAUGCACAUGA